AUGUCCAAUAGGCAGUGCUGUUUUGGCAAUAACCUCGUUCCAAACUACUUACGAUGGCUGUACAACGAUAAAGAUCUCCCCAUUACCUUCCGCAAGGAGGCGCCAAAUGUCUGGGAUUGCGGCGUUUACGCUCUCGUCUUCGCGAGCCACGUUGCUGAUGGAAAGCCUUUACCGAUGACGAUUGACGGCGCCCGCGAGCGAGUGUACUUGCGCCACUGUAUGCUCGUUUCGCACGAUCGCGCACUUGCGUCCACCGAGAGCAACGGCGAGUGUCGAACACUUCGAGCUCAGGCGGAGGCUGCCAAGCAUCUGAACAGACGGAUGAGAAACUUUGACGAGCUGCUCCAGGAUGGCUCGGACGACUUAUUGAAGUGGAUGGCCCGGAAGGAAGUUUUCAGAGAAGGACAAGCCGCUCUAGCAGACGCUAUCGCAACCUUACACAACAUGCACCUGAUGACGGUCGAGUCGGCAACCCGUGCGGAAACACAGGCUGCCAACGCGAAGGGACUGAAAGAUUUCCACAAGGCGUUAAAAACUAUCAUGUGCAUGAACAAUUUGGCUUGGAGGGACCAACACGAUUGUAGCUUAUUCAAGUUGAGCGACAGCACCAUCCGCCAUCUGAACAUCGUGCAGGAUUCCUCCCGUUUGCUCGACAAGGACCUCACACAGUUGCUCGAGACGGAUAACAGGCGGGAUCUCGCGGACGAAACCCGACUUGGGUACCGCGAGUGCUCUGCGCUCAUCAUUGUACUUAACUACGCGGUGAGGAAAUUUCGGGAAAACGCCACGGACAUGAAGCGGCGACAAGGCAAUGCACACAAGGAGCUACAAGGGCAUCUCUAG